AACAGGUGUUCCAAAUAAUCCUUUAGGGUAGGCAGUGACUUGGCAGAGAUCUGUUAUCAGGACGGCUCUUACCCUGGUAAACCCCAACCAUCCACCUCUUGGUCUGUAACAAUGUUUGUGGGCAAACCCUCGCCAAGCACCUCCCCCAACCCUCCCCACAGCCCCAGUCCUCUGGGCCAGUCCGACACAGAUGCCGCGGAUGAUGGCAAACCAACCCCUGGCUCCCUCUCCCCCUCCCCCCUGGCCUGCUGGGCCACCCAGUCCCUUUGCGACCUAGCUCGGGCAGAGACGGAGUUGAAAAGGCUGCGGGACCGCCAGGCGACUGAGACGGAGGGCGUGAGCAGGGGGCUGGAGCGCGCCAUACUGGGGGCACGGCAGGAGGAGCGGCGUCUGCUGGAGAGGGUGGAGCAGGACCACCGGGAUGCCCAGCGGCGGCUGGAGCAGCUGCAGAGGGAGAACGCUGCGGCCGCCCGCGUCAGCCAGAGCCUACUGGAUCAGAGGCUCCGUAAACUGUCCCAGCUCAGGGAGCUGAUCCUUAGAAGUGGCCAGGGCCAAGAUGGGCCUGACCAAAACCUGCUGCUCAGAGGGGUCGCCGAACUCCUCCAGCCUUGGGAGAUCUCUCUGUCCCUGAAGAAGGUGAGCUUCAGACCCAGCUCCCAGGCCACAUCUGUGACAUUUGGGGAGAUCAGGGUCCAGGAGCAUGACCUGUGUUUCAACGUGGGGGGCUGUGGGGCACGGGGUCAGAUGUGUGCCCUUCAUUAUGGGGAACAAUGUGGGGAUACCCAGGGUGGGGUUGCUGGGGAAGAGGGGAGAAGUCCCAAUGAUGGGAUUGGGGCGGGGCAGCCCGGGACCUCAGCGACAGGCACAGGGCAUCUGAGGGUGGUCAGGAAGAUCCGCCUCUCUGGCCAAAGUGACAAGGAGUCAGGAGUAGAGAAGUCAAAUACGAGACAUUGGCCUCCGAGGCAGGAGCCCCCUGAAAGGGAGUUGUCCCAGGAUGAGGAGCCAGACUCCCUUGUCACUGAACCCCAAGGAGAGGAUCUCUUCCUGGCUGUUCCUGCGCUACUUAACAAUGGAGCAUCUGAGAAGGACUCGAGGCACGGGGGAAACCGUGGCGACAGUUGGCGGGGUUACGGUGGCAGGGGCCAAAGGAAGCAAAACACCCUGGUCACGGUUUCUGACCGCGAGCCGUCCUCCCCUUCAGGAGGCAGACCGGAGCACAGCAGCCUGAGUCCCUGCUGGAGCCUGGACAGCCAGGAUGGAGGGGAUAGUCGAGGAAGAGCCACGCCAUUUAAGUCCCCCGGGGGACAGUCCUCUCCUGCACACAGCUAUGGCUGUGGAACACUGAGCUCCUCCUCUCCCAGUCCCAGGGAGCCACUGACCAGCUACAGUCUCAUGGACCUCACCUCCAGAGAUCACCCAAACUCCUACUUUAGUGUGUCCUCGGAUGUGUCCCCCACAGGAAACCCAGGGGACCACGGGCGUGCUCCUUCACCGGCCGACAGUCUGGACUCCUGCUACACAUUCAUUGUCAGCACCCCUUGUGAUCACAGCAGGGGUGGGUCCAUAAAACGUGCCCCUCGUUUGUCCAAGUCUGUGGCUGACCUGUCACGCAAGACACGGCCCCACAUCAACGGCAGGAGUGGAGACCGUGUAGUGGACUGGAGGAUCAACCGGACCUCCUCCACUAUCUCCAUCCCCCCGACGCUCAGCCAUGGACACAAUGUCUCAGAGGAGCCGAGAGCUGCUUCUAGGCGAAAGGACUCCGGAGUGUCAUCGGCCGAAAAGCAGAGUGACUUAAAGAGAAGUCCCAGCCAAGGGAGCAGGUCUCUCUCCAUGUCAACCAUAGACUAUGCCUCUCAGGGGCAGCAUGAUCAGCAAGAUGUAGGCAGGAUGGAGCCCUUUCUGACGGAGUUGGAAGAUGAUGGGGGUCUUUUCAAGCCUCAAGUCGGGCGCCUCAUCCGUCAGUUCGGUAAACAAGGUUCCGGCAGAUCCGACCUAACCCUGCCUAGCGGGGUCCACGCGACGCCCCAGGGCCAGCUCUUCGUGGUGGACUGUGGCAACGCCCGUGUCCAGGUGACUGACCGGCUGGGAAAUGUCGUCCAGCAAGUGAACUGCAGAAUGUCUGAAGGCUUCCCCCGACGCUGCCAGAACUACUUUGACAUCGCCGUCAACGCCAAGGGACUGAUUGCCCUGAGCUGCGCAGCGGAGCGCGCCCUCCUGGUGUUCAACCGUCACGGGCGUCUGCUCCAGACCUUUGGCGGGUCGGGGAUGGGAUCCGCCAAGGAUGAGCUGGAGGCCCCCCGUGGCGUGACGGUAAACCGCCUGGACGAGUUCCUGGUAGCGGACAUCAGAAGAGGCACCCUGACCGCCCUAAAGCUAGACCCCAAGACGGGCUCUCGGCUUGAGCGCACGGUGGUGACCGGUUUCCACAGGCCCUGCCUGGUGGAUGCCUGCCAGAGCUCUGGCCUGGUGGCUGUGUCGGAGAGGGGCAGGGAGACCGGCCGGGAGCCCUGUGUCAAGGUGCUAGAGCCAGGCUGGAACACCAUAAGGGUGCUUGGCGUGUGCGCCGGAAUGGGGCCCGUCCUAGCCUGUCCCUGGGGGAUCUGCAUUGACAGGGAUGGGGACGUACUGGUGGCAGACUGGGGUAGCCAGCACAGGGUGCUGUUGUACCCCGCACAGGGGAUGGGUAGGCCUAUAAUUAACCAGGGACUCAGCGGCCCGCGAGGCCUAACAUUGAUGCCUGAUGGGCAUCUGGUGGUGUCAGACAGCAUGCACCACUGUGUCAAGAUCUACCAGUACAAAUGAGGUCACCAUUAUAUGAGGAUCUACAGGAGCAAAUGAUGUCACCACAUCCAUUCUCAUAUUAACAGUCGCCCAUAGUAAACGUAUAUAUUUUGAAAUGUCACAUUUCUCUAGUAUAGGCUUGUUAUCAUUAUGAAAAAAAUCAGAGAAAUGCCUGUGAAUAGAGGUCAAUAACUUUGGUAUGGACUGUAUUGUUGCUUGCUGUAAUGCCUGUUUGGAGUUUCAUUUCAGUUUAUCUUUAUUUUUCAAAACGCAGUGAGUUCUGGACCCAAGGGAAGGUAGCCAUAUUACAUUCCGCAUGGAGUCGCUACACUGAUUUCUCAUAAGCUAUACUCACAUCAACUCACGCUAGAAACCUUACAACUAGAGACAUAAGUGCAGCAACAGGCAUCAGCUUGUUAUUGGUUUCAUGUAAAGCAGCUUACUGCUCAGUUCUUAGUCUAGCUUCUGUAUAGGGUACAUAGCAGUUUGAGUCAUCACCCCGGUUCAAUAUCAUAUUUUUUGUUUGCUGUGUUAUGCUGUCAAUGUUGGAGCAAUUUUCACACAUUUGCUAUGCCCCCUUAGCACAGAGAGAGCAAUUAACAAGACACAUCUAAACCCUUACAUCCACACAAUGCACAGAAGCUGUAUUAUACAGUGAACUGGUUUUGUGAGCCCUAUUAAACUGGAAGCUGCAGAAUACAGUGGCCUGGUUCUUUAAGACCUAA